AUGCGGUCGCAAGCCUCGAAAGUUGUUGCAAAGAAGGGAGCAUCUAAUAAAACAUCUGUCAAAUCGAAAAAUGUCAAAAAGCGAACUAAAAAGAAAGUGGCCUCGCCAAAAAAGGUUAAAGCGCUUCAAAAAUCGUUAAAAAAUCCCAAAAAUAAUAAAAAUGACGACACUGAUAAAAAGGAAGAAGGAAAUAAAUCUCAUCAAGACAAUCCCUCAACUUCAAACGAAAGUACUAAAACUGUUACGAAACCAAACACAGUUAGAAAUGAAACCUCACUUAAGAAAAACAAGAAGGAGUCAAAAGAGACGAAAAAUAUAAACACAACUAAGACCCUCAUCAAAAACCCACCUUCAAAGAAACCCUCUAAUGCCGCAAAGAAAGUUAUAACCCUUCCAAAGGGAAAACAGACUCUUAAAGAUGUUCUUGAUAGCGAAUCUACAAGUAACGCGGAUGUCAUCAAAAAAGUCUCCAAAAUUCCAAAAGCAAAAGCUAAAAAAGGAAAUACCAAAUCUGAGGUUUAUGUAGGUAAAGGCAAAUCUAGUUCCGAGACUGUAUCAGUUCCAAAAGAAGAGUACAGCGAUGAAACCGUAUCAACAGAGUCAGAAAAAUAUAAUGAUAAGAAAUUAGAGAAUAUAUCAGAAAAUCAGGCUGCUCAAUUUGAACAAGAAUCUGACACUCAAGAAGGUAAUUCGAGUAAAAAUGAAGCCGUUAGUCGAAAAUCUACUACAGUUAUGCUUUCUCCGAAGAUACCAAAAUCAGAGAUGGACAGGCCGCCUAAAUUUUUUACAUCUGCUAGAUCUCCUAGAACAGUAGAUAUUGAUGUGAAGUGUUCUAAAAAUUCUAAAGGAAAUUUUACGGCAUCUGAACGAUUUUUGCCCUUAAAAUGUGAAACCAAAACUGAAGACAUCAAAGAAAGAACUUCUUCUAGCUCACUCGUAGCUCAAGGCCCAGAAAUAGAUGUGUAUACUUUCACAGAGAAAGUUGAUUCACCAAAAAGUAUUUUGUCUGAUUUUAGAAAUUCUGUAAAUAAGACUGUUGGACGUGUUCGACCAAUAGCUCGAGUAAAAGGGACAGUAAUUGAUAAAAAGGGAGAGUCAGAAAGAAAAAAAUAUUCCCCUCACAGACCCAUUGAAGAAGUUGUAAAACAAUUAAAAGCCAGCAAGAAGACUGAAGACACUAGCCAGCCUAUACAAGAAAAAUCUAGCACUUGUGAGCUCAAUAAUCCAACUAAUAUAAUUGAUGAACCUAAACCUAUUGUCAGUAAAUCCUACAAAAUGGUUGCAAGAAAAUCUAGCGUCACUGGAAAACCUUUUAGCCCAACCAAAUUUCUGGAGUCUUCAACUAUUAAAACUGAGAAUGAUUCUGCGCCCAAGAAAACACAGAAAGGUAAAAAACAGCAGAAGAACCAUACAUUAUCAGAUGAAGAAAUUGAUUCAUCAAAGUUUGCGUUUAGCACUAAAACUAAACAUUACAGCUCAUCAGAAGAGAGUGUAAGUGAAUCAAACGAUGAUCAAGAUUUUAAGAGUUCUUCCGAAUCAAGUAGUACUAAGAACAAAAAGCCCAGACAAAAAAAAUAUAAACGCAUUACUGACAGUUUAAAAAAGAAAACAUCUAAAGAAUUAAAAGAACUAUCAAAAGAUUCGCUGAUUGAUUUAAAAGAUACUUCCAACUUAUUGGGAAACGAAAAGCCUACUAAACGGCGACUUAAAUUAUUAUCAAUGUGGUCAGGACCUAAAAAGCAUAGAAUGGCUUCCCUUAAUGCCUUGGCCAAAGUACACUGCUUAUAUGAAAAUGAAAGUCGGAGCCAUGUAGAGUUAGGUUUAAUGAGAACAGUUGAAAGACAGCCAAUACCAGGAACUUCAAAAAUCACAGUUCCCAAAAAGAAAGAAGUUAAAUCAAAAGAUUCUGAUAAACAGGACAGUACAUCUGGAUCAGAAUAUGAAAAUAAGAAAGAAAAGGAUAGUUCUGAUAGUUCUGAUGACAGCCCACCACAGAGAACACUAAGGGGAGUACCAGGUAUAAGAAGUGCGGGUAAAUACUGGGAUCCCAAGUCAUCUACUUCUUCUAGUGAGGACAGUGAAAUGGAGUCUAAAUCUAAAAAUAUUGAACGUAAGAAAACUGCAAUUAAAACUUCUGCACCAAAAUCUGAGUCUGAGAAACCUUCGCCAAAAAUGAAAAAGACAGCCGGCGUUCCUAUUAAAAAGAAACGUAACAGAAACGAGGUCGUUAUGGAUUUAAAAGACAUGGUAGUCCAAAAACGUAUGGCCAGCUUAAAUGCUACGGCGAUUUUGGCAGCCAGCUACGAAAAGCGAUCUCCAAAAUCAAGUAAAGAUGAUAGUACUUCUGACUCAUGCAGCGACGAAUCAUUUUCACAAAAGCCAAAAAACGUAAUUGAUUCCGGCGUGAAGUCGGAAAUAAAAACUGAGGAGCCAAAAAAGGAAAUUGAGGACUGUGUUCUUCCAGAUAUAAAACAGAAAGUCGAGGUUAUCGUCAACCAAGACACUGAUGUUACAAUAACAGGGGUGUAUGCAACACACCAUCAUGAAGGUUUCUGCACCGUUUCGGGCAUGCAAUAUCGCAUAUCCUCUACAAGUCACACGCAGACCACCGCCACUGCUAAUUGUGAAAAGGAAGGAUGUUCUCGGGAAGAUGGUACUCGGUACACGCCAUUGUCAGCCCUUUCCUCAAUGCAGCCGCCGCCAACAGAGCACGCUCAUCAUACGCCACAUCCAGUGCCGGAAAUAGGCGGCCUCGCGCGACGUCCUGGCUGUUCGAGUGCCUUCUCAGCGCCGUCACCAGCUGCACAUCAUGACCCAGGUAAGAUUAGGCUUCUCUCUAUUAUGUUACAUGAGUUGCGUUGA